AAAGCGCGCGAUGAACUUUGCUUGAUUAUUUGCUGGCUUGGUGCUUUGUGCCCUCCGUUUCUUUCAUCGAUCCCAUAUGGGCCGGCACGGUUUCGCUCUUCAGUCCCGAUCAACAUUCUGUUGCUUGGACUCGGAACGGAACAAAUCAAUAUGGAAGACGUACCCACCGAUAUGUAUACACAUCAGAAAGCAGAAGAAAAGAGUCCGUCCGACGAAGUUCGAGACCAAAGCAGACAGACACGAUAGGAAAAGGAACGGAAAAAACGGGAUGCUUUUAAAUGGUGUAAAACUGAUCGUACAUUAAAACCUAUGAUUUGGCGGAAGCGGUAUAAUUAUAAACUUUAAUAAGCUCGGACCGAUUUGUAGGAGAUUUGAACAUUUUAAUCGCUUUGCGGAGGCACGCGCCUUAUCGGUUUUCCCAUGUGUGUUCUUCUGUCUGAGCCCGGGCACGGGAGCUUUUAGAGUGUGAUUAUUUUUUUGUGCUUUUCGCGAUUCCUGAUGUAGUGGGGGUUUCCUGUUUACGUGGGUGAUUCCGAACAGAUGUUGUUUAGUUAUGGCUUUCUAUGUGGGAUUUAAGCGUUUUAUGACUGCACCUUUCGAUGUGUUCUUUUUACGGCGUGUAGCAACUUAUUUGCUAAAAUGUGCUGCACCAUCAUCCGGAGAGUUGCUUCAUCAACAUUUGUAGACGGGGGAUUUUUUGUUUACAUCAGUUUGUUCUUUUUAUUAACAAGUUUUCAGAUAUUAGCUAGUUGGUUUCGGGGCUGACAGCUUUAAUUCUUAUCUCAAAUUUUUAAACGCUGUUUGAACGAAGUUUUAAUAAUUUAUAAUUAUUUAUUAAAUCGGACCAUUCUACUAUGUGAAUCGUGCUCUUCAACUUGUGGUACACUGACGAAGAACAUUUAAAUUACGUAGAAUAGUGUUAAUUGCUUGCUUUUAAUUACCGUCAAUGUGCUACAUACGCAACAGUAUUCGUCAAACACUCAAAGCAUCAAGUACCUGUGUCUUAACUCAUAAUUCCAUCUCGUGGACAUCAGUAUUAUCAUCAUGACAGUCCCUAACUUGGACAAGGCCCCGGAGUUCUACGAUGAUCACCUGGACGAAAUGGACCCGCAGCUCCAACAGCACGCCCUAACCCACCUCCGAGAAGAUUCUCAACUACGCCAGCAAAUGUUGUUCCAGCUUCGGGACUGGAUUGCGAAGCAUCCUCACAUCAGGAAAGUUCGAACCGACGCACUUUUCUUGCUGAAAUUCCUCCGAGCUAAGAAGUACAAUUUCAUCAACGCUUCCAAACUGUUAGAGUGCUACCUAGCAUCCAAAGUGCAGCACCGAGAUUGGUUCGGUCACUUGGACAUCGAGGAUCCUGAUAUCUGCGCACUAGUCGAUACGGGGUAUCUGUUCCCACUGCCGGAUCGGGAUAGCAAAGGCCGCACCCUGUGGUUCAGCACUACAUCGGAACUCGACCCCACUAGGUUCACUGGUCGACAUGCCUGUCGGCUGCACAUGAUGAUGGCUGAGCUGUGUUCGGAAUCGAACGAAUUUCUUUGCGGCGGAUUUAUUCUGGUGUGUGACCUUACGAAUAUCACAAUGGCCCAUCUGAACGUGGUAUCCAUCAGUGACGUACGUUUGCUUUCCAAAGUGGCAAACAAUUCGCUCCCCAUGCGAGCCCAGGAGGUUCAUUUCGUAAACGUUCCGAGUGCCGGUUUGAAGAUUGCCAACAUGGCCUUACAAUUGGCCACUGAGAAUCUCCGAAGUAGAACUUUUUUCCACAAAAAUUGGGAAGAGUUGUAUAAGCAUGUGAACAGGGAUCUUCUACCGAAGGAGUACGGUGGCAAGAUGACUAAAGCGGAAUUGAUUCAUUCCUUCAAGAAGCGCUGCAAGGAGAUGCGACCGUUACUGAUGGCCUACGAUGAAAUGGACAUGGAAAUAGUGGAAAAAUACGGCAGCAAUGACAAUGACAAUGAGCUGGAAUCUGGAGCGAUUGGUACCUUCCGGAAGUUGCAAGUAGAUUAGGUCACAAAAAAAUAUUCAAGAUAUUUUGGGAUUUUCAAUUGUUUUUUUUUCGACUUUUUUUCAACGACUUAGAAAAAAUAAGAGUCCUUGGAAAUGGUUAACCUUCCGGCAGUCGCGCGGUUGGCCACUACCGCCAGCACCAUGCUAAUGCGUAGUACAAAAAGCAAGAUUUUUUCAACGUGUACAAAAUACAACAGCGCGAUCGCUCGAAGGUUAAAAACCAAUCGAAUCCGUCGGAUAUAGUGGUAAACUAUUUUUCGCUGAUUUAAACAACAAAAUCUCAAGUAGUUGUGUCAAAUUCCGAAUUGCGUUUGGAACACCAGUUCCACCGAACAAUAUUCUGUGUCAAUCAAUGAUGAAUAUAGGAUAGCAAACCACUUGGGCAGCGGCCGGUAUUUUGGGCACUCUUCGCUAUAACUCAGUCAAUUUCAAACCAAUUGACUUGAAAUUUUGUACACGGUUAGAUACUAUACGUAUCUCCCCACGUUCAAAAAAUUGUGUCAAUUGGUUCAGAAUUGGCUGAGUUAUAGCAAAAAAGUGCUCAAAAUAGGACCCCUGCCGAGAUGGUUCCACUUCCCUAAAUAUUAUAUUGUAACAACAUUUAUGGGUCUACAAUCAGCUCAGUGAAUGAGGUUUUGAAUCGAAAAUCCGGAGACGGUGUGCUCAAUUCCCGUUCCGGUCGUGAGCAUUUUCUCGACCUCCCGGGUUCAAAUUCAUGAAAUGGCAGGUACAGCAAACCCUUCAAUCAAUAACUGUGGAAGUACAUACAUAAACACUUACUUUAAGAGAUGCAGACUAAGUUCCAGUAAAAAAGUAGAGUUAUAAAAAAAU